GCCCACACAACCUAGGCAGCCAUCCUAAGUUUGAUUGGUUCAAUUUUUUUGUUAUGACUAGUAGAUACAAAUAUUAUUAUUAUUCCAAACAAUAUAUUUUUUAGUUCAAGAGAAAAAAGCCAGGGAAAAGUAAGACAACAAAAUAAUAUGUGCAGGAGGGUGGGCUUGCUUCUCAAAAUCUUUAAUCUAUGCAUGUUCGCUAUCGCCUUGUCAGAACCCAAUUACAUUUUUUUAAAAUUAAUAAUCAUUGUGUUAAUGUUCAAGGAGUUCCAAAGCAUCAUGUCUCAAAAACCUAUCGCGGGGUACACAACAAUGCAAGAAGAGCAUGGUGCAGGGGGGCCCCCUCCAUAUGGACCACCUCAACCAGGGUACCCCCCACAGCAACAUCAACCAACCUUCCAAACCACCAAUACAACUGUUGUGGUGAACCAGCCAGUACCACUGAUCAUGCAGCAAGGAAUGCGUGAUUGGAGCAGUGGCUUGUGUGGCUGCUUUGAGGACUGCUAUUCUUGUAAGUAAAUUCAGGGUUUGAGUUGCUCAAUAAAAACUUUUUUAUUGUCUUUUAUUUAGUGUUUCUCGAAUUAAUUUUUAUAAGUGUACAACGUUUGUUAGUGAAAUUCUACAUCUUAAGGUGACUUGACCCAGUUUUUUUGGGGGGGUACCAUCCUAGUUUGAAGCUCUCUGGUAUCCCCACCUUUACUUUUAUCGUAAGUCUAACACAUAGAAUGGAUAACAUAUAGAUCAAUCUACAAUAUAACAUAAAAUUUUUUGCGAUCGGAGUAAAUGUCAUGUGGUUAUAAUGCCACGCCCCUUUGAGGUCUGAGUCGAAAAUCUGCUGUUGCCGGCAUUUUUUCGUGAAAAUCUCUCGGCUACACACAGUGCGCAUUAGUGCGGAGAUAUGAUAAUUUUGGUACAGUGAGAUAGGCCAUUGCGUGAUACAUAGAGGUUUAAUUCACAAUUUUUAAUCAAUUCUCGUGCUUCUUGUGCCUUUGCAAAAAAAUCAAGAAGUGCUACACACUAAAUCUACUUACUAUUAAAAAAAUAUCAUUUUUUCUUAGGUUUAAUGCAAGCCAAUAAUUAAACCAACUCGUGACGGGAAUAUCUCGGUGAGCAUUCGGAAGUCAGCCAAGCACGGUCAUUGCACGCGUGCUGAACAAGAAUGCUGUAUAAUGACAGACUAGAAAUAGACAACUCCCAAAGCACAAACUCAGCCAAAACGCUAAAAAUCUUCAAUGUUUACUCAAGUUUGGGCUUAUAGAAGAUAAUGUCACAGUUUUUCAAUGACCAUGAAAUUCAGAGUCCGGGUAGUUAGUUAAUCAAUUGUGGCCCUGAAAAAAUUUGAAGGAAAAAAAACUACGGAUUUUUAAGAAAAUGCUUUUUUCGUGAGAAGGACUCUUAAACACUGACAAACGUCAACAAAUAGCGAAAACUAUAAUUUCUAUAUGUUUGCUUUGCUCGACUGACUUGCAAGGACCCAUCUGUUAUAACGAUGCCCAAAAUAAAGAGAUGAAUCUCAUAGUUUAUUAGAUAUAAUCCGUUUAAAGUUUGCUUAUCAUUUUUGCAUAAAUUAUGACCUAAAUUUGGAAACUGCUGAAUUUCUCGAAUUGGGUCUUUGCGAUUUUGGUGAAACUCUGUUCAGCGCAAGGCACUAAUGCGCACUAUGUGUAGCCGAGAGAUUUUCACGAAAAAAUGCCGGCAACAGCAGAUUUUCGACUCAGACCUCAAAGGGGCGUGGCAUUAUAACCACGUGACAUUUACUCCGAUCGCCAAAAAUUUUAUGUUAUAUUGUAGAUUGAUCUAUAUGUUAUCCAUUCUAUGUGUUAGACUUACGAUAAAAGUAAAGGUGGGGAUACCAGAGAGCUUCAAACUAAGAUGGUACCCCUAAAAAAAAACUGGGUCAAGUCACCUUAAACUCUCCUUAAAACAGCUCAUGGAUCCGGAAGAAUGUAGAUACAGGCAAAUGCCUAUAUAUGUGCAACUAGCUCUAAUAAGCAAUUACCUCUCAUAAGCAUCUAUCCAUCCAAAAACAUUUCAGCCAAAGCCCAAUAGUGAGAACCUCUCAUAAGCAGCCACUUCUGUUGUUACCACAGGUGAUGGGUAAUUAUAACCACUUGACUCAUGGUCUCUUCUCAAUGUUCAGUGUAUGUACUGCACUACUCAGAAUGUAUGAAGAACUUUUGGUGGCAAAUGAAAGUCUACACACAUUGUAAAUAACAUUGGGAGUUUUGAAAAAUCAAGUGUAUUUGACAAAAUAAUGGGGAUUCCAGUCUGUAGGUGAUUGAAAAGAUUGCUGCGGUUUGAUUCUUGUAAAUGACCACUAAACCUACACAUUUUUGGGUGGUUUUUAUAGGAGUUUCAGCUAUAUCCAAGAAAGAGGCCAGGAAAGAGUAGAGCUUAAGCAUUAAAGGACUUUAUAUAAUAAUUAGUUUUAAGUUUGACGUCCUUUUUAAUCUCACCUGCAACAAAAUAUAUCUCCUCCACCAGUCUUCUAUGUAACCCAAUCUAUUGGACAAGUGGAGCUCUUUAUAUGUAGUCUCUCUAACUUUCAGUGUACCAUUACAUGGCUAAUGCUUGGCAUUAAUUAGGCAUGUACCGAUUCACUGAAAAGUCAACUGAACCCCUCGGCACUGCACAUCACUGUGUCGCAAACAAAGGAUUUUAUUGUCAUUUCUGCUCUCUUGUGGUAAUCAGUGUUCUCUUCAUAAGGAGGUAACCAGUAAAAUUUAUUGCAUGAAGCAACUGAACAGUUCUUACCACCUGCAACUGCUUGAAGGUGUAUUAAAAAAGUAGAUUUUUAAAAAAAUGAAGUUGUGAUCUGAUCUGAUUCUCACAAGGAAAGUGAAUAAAUAUAAUAUGUGGAAAAGUACUUAAGGUGGCUGAACACAGUUUUGGCAGUUUGUGAGUGUAUGUCAUUUGCCAAAUCAUAGCAAGAGAAAAGUUGCAGCUCACAAGCUGAAACUUGGCAGGUGAAAAAUAUACUGAUGAAAGAUUUUGAUUGACAGGUAAAAUUUGACGUUUUCGUAGUUUCCAUGGCAACAUGAAUGAUUGAAUACAACCUUAAAAUUUCACUUUUGUUCAGUUUACAUAAAAUUCGCUCAUUAGAUUUUUCUAUAAACUUGCACACAGCUUACUAUAACUAAUGAUUACCAUUUGAAACUUAUUUGAUCAAAUUUUAACAGACGGACUUUUAGAUAAUCAAUAAUAUAAUUGUAUUGUAAUUAUUAAAUGUGUCACGAAAUUCGCCAGUUCAACUUCCAUUUUAAAGUUUUCAUUAUCUAAAAUACGAUAAAAGUAACAAUUCUGCCAAAUAUCACAAAAUUUUAAUGAGUAGAUUUUGAGAAAUUGUCUUUAGUGUACCAUUGCUUUUUCGCCGCCAUGUUUGUUUGUCUAAUUAAAAACACGCGCGGUCACGCGAGUUACCGCUGACCGCCCGCAAAACUGUGUUCAGCCACCUUACACAGCUAUCUUUAUUAUUAUGGGCCACACAUUUUGAGAAGAGAACAUUGGAGACAGAGUAAGAUUAUUGCAAUCAAACCUUUUAAAUAUUGUUGUCUAAAGAUAACAAUGGCGGAUUUUCAUAAAAUAGGUCUUCAAAAUAGGGAAUGGCGUUUCAGAGAACUUAGCUCCUAAAUUUCUCAAAGAGGGAGGGGCCAUGUCCCUCACUCCACCCCCCAGAAAAUUGCACCUGUGGUGCAUAUUUUUUGCCUUACUGGCCAUGAAUGGUCCCUUACCUGCUGAGCUAAAAUUUUGGGAGAACACUGGGUAAUUCUUUGAACAUCAUGAGGCCAUGAGGCAAACUUGCUCUCUCAGUACGUGCAGCUGUGAUGACUGUGAGCAUUGCUGAUGUCCAAAAAAAAAUUGCAUUGGAAAUUCGUUGAACUGCAUUAACAUAAUUAUUAACUUGUUUGUUUGCUUGUUUUUUGUGCAGGCUGUUUGGGAUUAUUCUGUCCUUGCUUCUUGUUGUGUGAUGUCUCGCAAAGGAUGGGUGAAGGCUGUAUGUUUGCAACAUGCUGUGCUGGAGCUUUGAUUGGACUGCGAGUAAAGAUGAGGGUUCAGCAAAACAUUCAGGUACAGUACUGUGUAGGCUGAUGAUUCUAAUAAUGAUGUUUUCUAUGAUGGUAGUGGUAGUAGUGGUGUGGUUGUGAUGGUGGCUGAUGGUAAAAAAAACAUAUCAAAGACUAAUAAAAUAGAAUUGAAGUCUAUGUGUUUCAUUAAAUAAAUGGUCAAUAAAUUUGACUAGUAUAUAAAAGUUCUAGUCUUUGCUCUUAGUUCUAGUUCUGCUAGACAAAAUAUUUAGCAUUAACCCAUUUGCUCCUGGCAAUUUGGCUGAAAAUCGCAUUUUGAAGCUCUUCGAGUCGUUUUCUGGUCACUGUCUGGCUAUUAAGAGCUAAAACUUACCACAAAACCAUUCACAGGUCGGGUGCUACGCCGCCUUCUGAUCCAGCAAAAUAUUAGCUUGCAAAGUUCGGCCAUGUGCAGAAAGCAAAACGUCGAGAUAGUUUUUGGGUUUAAAAGUGACACAGCGGUCUUGACUUUUUCUUUUUGCUUUCUCUUCUCCCCUCUAAUCUUUUGACUCUGAAGACGACUCAAAUGAUGUCGUUCUUGCUUUUAUUGCCUCAGACGAGGAAUAUGUAGACGAGCGGCCAGCUACAACACGCUCAGGACGAGCAGUAACAAGAAGAGCUGAAAUUGACUUUUCAUUCUUUUGAGUGAGGAUUUGUUAAAAACAGCUUUCUAGCUUUCAGCUUUCUUUCACUAAAUUACGUGAAAUGUAACAAAACGAAAUUUUAAUGCAGUAACUUUUUUAAUACCUUAUGUACUUUUUUUCUUCAUGGGGGGGCUUCCAAAAAUUACUCUGAUGAGGGGGGGCAUGCAAAAAAAAAAUCGGAAAUUGGGGGGGGUCAUACAAUUUUCAAAUUACACUCCUCCAAAUCCCACCAGCCCCCACUACCCCAUAGAAAAUGAACGGUCCCUUAGGAAAACAGUUUUAAAAACACAACUUUCUCCUUUCUUUUUCAGGGUUCCCUGUGCAAUGAUUACUGCACAAUCCAGUGUUGCGGACCCUGUGUGUUAUGUCAGCUUUCUCGUGAGCUGAACCACUGUGGAGUUGGACAGUAAUGUUAGUCAUGCAUCCUACUUCGUGGAGCUGAACAUUUAGUUAGCACGUGUAAGAACGAGCUAUAGAAAACAGUUUUUGCACUCAAUUGUGUUAGAAAAUUAUUAUGUUCCGUUAGACUGGAAAAAAAAUUUGGAAUGCCAUAGUCUUUAAACGUAAAUAGUAAUGGAAUCUAUUAUCCCCAGAAUAGCCCGUGAAAAUGCUUUUAUUUUUAUGGGAAAGACCAGCCAGUUCUUCGAAUGAUGUGACAUAGUCAACUUAUAUCUCCACUUAUAGUUGGACAAUGUUGUUUAGGUAUUGUUAUUUUUAAAAGGACUUGUUUAAGAGACCUGGAGCCAAUGAUCCUAGAGUUUUCAUUUGCCUUCAAUAAGUGUAAUAGAAUGUUAGACAUUGAGGCUAUUUUUAGAUUUCACUAGGUGCAGCAAUUUGAGUUGAUCUUCACGACAAAAAUCACUUCCGUUGCUAGAUUCUGAUGUCUCUGAACUUAAAGAUAGAGUUAAUCGGUUAUCCAAUGAAUUGAUUUAACUACCUUUGCUUGACAUUUCACCAUCCGCUAUUGCUGUUUAUUUUCCGUAAAUUUUACUCUGCUCUGAUUGAGAGUUUUUUGGCGCGAAAGAUGAAUCUAAAAACAACUUAAAAUCCAGUUAUUAUUAGAAAGAUGUUGCAGGCUCUUUGGUGAUGGU